AUGUCAUCGAGAAAACUGAGUUGGCACAACGUCGACGAGUGCACGUAUGUAUUCGGUUCGCACCCAAGCUACGACGCUGGAAAACCCGGCGAUCAAAAACCAGUAACGACGAGGACCAAACCGACGUCGAUAAUGACUAAGCCGAAGUCGAUUGCUACGACGAGGGCAAAAGAAACUAAGCCGACGUCGAUGGCAAACACGACGAAGGCUAAGGAGACUGGUACGACGUCGAUGGCGCCCAAGACCGCGACGUCGAAGGCGAAUCCAACAACAACGACAACAUUGGCGAGAGAGUCUGACCGUGAAGAACGGAUGCUUCGGAUGCUGCACGAUGCCAUCUUCUGA